AUGAACGCCAACGUUUACUCGAUUGUCUGCCUUUUCUCGUUCCUUGUUCUCUGCAUUUCAGCACAAUUGCACGCUGACAACAAUGCUGCUGAAGUGGAAGGAAUCGUGGACAAACGCUCACCAUACAGGGCAUUCGCAUUCGCCAAGCGCAGUGACGAAGACAUCGACUUCCUUGAGAAGCGUGCGAGAUACGGAUUCGCAAAGAGAUCUCCAUACCGAACAUUUGCUUUCGCCAAACGUGCCUCCCCAUAUGGAUUCGCGUUCGCCAAGCGAGGCCAAUUCUCGUCGUUCGCCUAA